CCAACUUUUCCUCUCUUUUAGGGGCUAAAAAUACCAGAACUCCCCAACACCAACCCUCAACUCCUCAUUUCUAAAAAAUCUCCCUUCCUCUCCCCUUAUUCCCUUAUCGAUCGAAUGGGAGACGAUGUAAAUAAACGAAAAACGGAUCGUGUUAAACAUCAAGUCGUAAAGAUUGAGAACGAUGCCAAGAGACAACUAACCUUCUCAAGACGAAGAAAUGGACUCAUCAAGAAGGCCUACGAGCUAUCAGUUCUAUGCAACAUUGACGUCGCUCUUGUCUUCCACUCUCCUAACGGCCAUUUCAGUCAUUUCUCAGCCAAGAGCAGGAUAGAAGAUGUUCUUUAUCGUUUCGUAUCUCUUGAUCAUGACAAAAGGCGCGCUCUUGAAAACCAAGAGUAUUUGAUAAGAACGAUAGACGAAAUAAGAAAUGAAGAUGACAUUGCCCUCAAAACAUUUAGUCCAACGGAUUCUAACUCCAUUGCAAAGAAACUCCAUGAGGAAAUCAUUACUUUGGAACAACAGAUACAAAUGGCUCAGGAACAACUGAGUAUAUAUGAGCCCAACAUUUCAUAUGCAUCUGCGGAGGAACUUGAGUCAUGCGAAAAGGCGCUGUUGAAGACGAUGAUCCGUCUCAUACAACGAAAGAAUGAUGUUAUCAAAAAAGAGCAAGAACUACUGACACAUGAUCCACGAGGGGAAAAGAUGGAUCGAAUGGGACAAAUCAUCUCUGAGGGAGGAGUGGAGAUGCCGUCCAGCUCAUUCUUUGAGGGUCUGCCUGAUUACGAUUAAUGCAAAAAAUGGUAGAAAAUGCAAGGAGGAGAAAGAAAACAAAAAAAAAAAAUCAUUAUCUGGUGAGCAUGAAAAUAGUAAAAAGAGCUAAGAGAUUAUCUUUCUUGUACAGCUUAUAUAUUCGCCGUUCACAACCUAUAUGUAUGAAAGACAAUAACACAAAGCAUAAUGGCGGGAAAUCAAUUGCGAUAUAAGACUCAGUUUAGGUUGGUUUACACUCGGACUCAGCUGCCAGAAAAAAUGGCAGCCAGUUAACUUCGGCCUGAACAGCAUCAUCUUCAAAAUCGGAACCUUAGAAAAGAACCACUAUGCGAAUUCAAUUCAGAAAGUCAACAUCUAUGGAUCACCAGCAUCAAUAGCAUAAAAUUUGCAACUCAGAAACCAAAAAGACCAUCAUCAGCAUUAAACAGCAGACAUCACACUACAAGAGAGUCCCCCAUUGCUUGGGUAUAAACAACUGGGUUAUGGCGUUAAUCUAAUGUCGACUCUCCACCUAAUAGUCUCAAGCUUUCAGAUUGCAUACAGCAUUUCUCCAUAGUAUCAGAGCCAAGCCCAUUUCGGCCUACAUCUAAAACUCUACCCUCUUUUUCCAUUUUUCUGAUGUAGUAAAAUGUUCGUUUGAUUAGACAAGUCAAAAAACCAAAAUUUGUGAAACCCCUUACU